UCUACCGACUGAAAGGAACAUUUGUCAAAUAUAAAAUAAACAUAAAUCUAAUUUCAAGAAUGUUUCUCACCAAUUCUGGAAUACUAAGGACAUAUCAAAAUUUAAAAGGGAUGCUUAGAAUCAUAACUUUAUUAUCGGUACUUGUUGGUGUUCAUCUAGCAACGACAACAACAAGGUCACCGGAAUGGGAAGGAACAACUGAUAUUCCCGAAGAGAUUGAGGUUGGCGAAGAUGUCACAACAAACAAUUCUUCAAUACCCACUACACCACUUGCUAAUGAUCCAAUAGAACAGAAUGAUUUUUACAACCCCACUAGACGUCCGCAAAAUGUUAACAGCAAGACAACAAAACCAGUUAAAGUAAUUUCAAUGACAACUGUUAAAAGUACAAGAAAGACUACCUCAGAACCAACGGAAGCACCAGAAGCAAUGGAAACAGAGGUUGAAUACGAAGGAACAAGCGGUGGGAACGCAACAAGUAAAAGUAAUCUACAACGCAAAAAUACAGGCAGUUGUCCACCCUUACAUGAUGCCAUAGUGGAACAUCAUGUCAUAUUGAGGCACGGAGAAUGUGAAAUUGUGAUAUCUCAAGACGAUUCAAUCCGCUGGUUUAAUAAGCCUGGAAAAAGUCCCCCCAGUGUAUUCGUACGUCACAUCAACACCUGAUUUCAGCUGGCUAUGGUGGUAUUAUUCAAAGAAAUGAUGAAAAGAUAGAUUGGAUGUUUUUCUCGAAAGAAAGAGAAAAAAAAACUAACAUUUACACAUAUGUUUUAUCGACAUACAUUUCAUAAACCGUGUUAUUUAUACAAGGAAAACAUUGUUUACUUACAGAUAUGUCGGUCAGUUCUAAAUUUAUCUAAUUUUUGUUCUGUCACCCUCCAUGGCACAGUUAAUCUAUUUUGUUAA